AUGUCUAGACUAAGUUUCCUAUCUGCUGCGUUCCUCAUUCACCUUCCUCUUCUUCUUCUUCUUCUUCCUUCCUCUUCUUCUCAAACAACUUCCCUUGCAGCUAAUAAAGACAAUAUCUCUGAUUGUACCCGUUCUUGUGGAAAUAUUAACAUAAGCUAUCCAUUCCGAUUGAAAGGAGACUCUAAACACUGUGGCAUCGAAAGUUACGAGCUAUCUUGCGAGGCAAAUGGAAAUGGUCUUACUCAUCAUGCAGUACUAUACUUGUUUUCAGGAAAGUAUUAUGUACUUGAAAUCGAUUACAAUAACUUAACAAUCCGACUUGUGGAUGCUGGUGUUCACAAGAUCAGUGACAACUACUUCUCGCACCCUCACUACUCGUUGACCAGAUUCAACAUUUCUUAUAAUUCUCCAUACAGCCAUGAUUAUUAUCUAUUAUCGUUAUUUGACCCAACAAAAAAUCAAUCAUUGUUACCGAUGCUUAUAAUUUUCCUGAGCUGUGAAAAUCCAAUGAAUUCUUCUGCUUUCAUUGUUGAAACAGCUCCAUGCAUCGAUGGGAUCAGCAGCUAUUCUUCUUCUAAUUCUUCUUUGUCCAGUUUAAGAACUUAUUCUUAUCUCAUGCAAAGUGCGGAUCAGUCGAUUAUUGCAUCGGAGAAGGCACUACUAUCAACUGCAAAUCACGAG